GUACUCUCUGCGCGCUGAUUGGCCGAGCAUUUAAAUUCUCGAUGUUGAUUGGCCCGUCCCCGUACCCGCCCACAGAGUGCAUGGACAGAAAGAUGGCACAACGUGAUCAUAACAAUGAAUUCGUGCUAUUUUUGACUACCUUGUCAAAGUUGUAUAUUUUCAUGCUAAACUCCCUUCGAGAAUGGAUGCUCUGCCUCUCUCUCCGCCUUCGACACCGACUUCUUCUAACCGAGACAGCGAAAAUGAAGCUGUGACCGAGUCUGAAGCAAGAAAAGUUCAAGUGAAAACUGAGAGGGAUAUUACGGCUGUUCAAUCUUUACUAGCGAUGAGUCAGUGGUCGCCUCCGAGUCCCGACCAUUCUAUAUCUCCCACAAUAAACGACCCUCUAUUCUCCGUUCUGGAACCAAUUCAACCUAUAAACAACACUCAACUCAACCACGACCAGGUCGAAAAUUCGUCGGUUCUUCCAAGUCAAAAUACUCUGCCAAAUCCUGUUGGUGUUUUCGGGCUGCCGCCACAAAGUUUGGUCGAUUUUAGCAAGCUUUUAUCGGGGAAUCGUCUUAAUUUACCUAAUACUGGAAACCAAGGGCCAAUCAUGAUUAUUUGUCCUAUUGCUGUCCCGACAAGUAACGCAAAUAUAAAUGUAACAUCCGCGGCAACAACGAGCGCUGGUGAAAGAAAUAUUGCUCCAUCCGUCGUCCCAAACGCCGCCCAAAAAACCACUCCUGAAAACAACGAUAGCAGAAAACGUAACUACGUCUGUACCUAUGAAAACUGCGACAAAACGUAUUUCAAAAGUUCCCAUCUCAAAGCGCAUUUACGAACCCACACAGGUGAGAAACCAUUUGUUUGCACUUGGGAGUCGUGUGAUCGAAAGUUUGCAAGGUCAGAUGAGCUUACUCGUCACAGAAGAACGCACACAGGUGAAAAGAAAUUUGAAUGUCCGCUGUGUCGACGGCGCUUCAUGAGGUCAGAUCAUCUCACAAAACAUGCAAGACGUCAUUUAGCGGCAAAGAAACUCCCAGGUUGGCAAGUUGAAAUAAAUAAACUUAAUCAAGUUGCUGCAGCUUCAUUGUUGCCUGGCAACCUUCCCCGAACAGACGAUGGCAUGUUACAGCCAAUCUUACCACCAACAUGUCAGCCAGUAUAUUCAUUGACGUCACCAAAUUCAUCUUUGGACGCAGUGAUGGCAAGUUCUUCUGAAUUCGGAGGACAAUCGUCCACCUCUGUGACAUCAAGUACAGUUUCAGCAUCCACGUAGAAUGACAGUUGUGGGUGUUGAAAAGGAGUGUCUUUUCUAAGCAGUUUUGUCCGGUCAAACAGAACUUUGACAUUCAAGGUUGCGAUGGAAUAAACAUAUCAAGUACAGCAUUUAGAAACUACUAAUGUGGUUUGCUGAGAGAACAUAAAUAUAGUUCAUAAUGCUGUGGUUUUAAAAUCCUUUGGAGCUUCGAGUUGUUAUACAAAGGUUAUAUAAUUUAACAGUGUAAAUUCAUCUAUUUUAAGCAUUAUAUAGCUCCAAGCCUGUGUAUUUAGAUAGAUUUUGAUAGUCUAGACUUGCUAUUGUAGUAUAGGAUAUCUUUUUGUGAUAAAUACUCAUAUUUAUUGAAUAUAUUGGCAUGACAAUACAUGUUGGAGAAAAAAUGUGUAGAAAUGCAAAA